CCCGGCGGGGCGGCUCGGCAGCAGCGCCGCCGCGGAGCUCCAAACAUGCAACAUGGCAGCAGCCAUGGAAACUGAACAGCCGGGCCUGGAAAUCUUUGAGACUGCGGGUCGUGAGGAGCAGGUCCCGAGGGAGGAGCAGCCAAAACUGGAACCUUUCUAUGUAGAGAGGCACUCCUGGAGCCAGCUUCGGAAACUGCUCACAGACACACGGAAGUAUCAUGGGUACAUGAUGGCAAAAGCCCCUCAUGACUUCACCUUUGUGAAGAAAAAUGACCCCGAAGGACCGCAUUCCGAUAGGAUCUACUAUCUGGCAAUGUCUGGGGAGAACAGGGAGAACACGCUCUUCUACUCUGAAAUUCCCAAAACCAUAAACAAAGCUGCUGUCUUGCUGCUUUCCUGGAAGCCUCUUCUGGAUCUUUUUCCGGCCAUCCUGGACUAUGGGAUGUACUCCCGGGAAGAGGAGUUGCUGCGGGAGAGGAAGCGGAUCGGCACCGUUGGGAUCGCCUCCUAUGAUUACCACAGAGAGAGCGGCACCUUCCUGUUCCAGGCAGGGAGUGGGAUUUAUCAUGUCAAAGAUGGAGGCCCCCAUGGAUUCACCCAACAGCCUUUAAGACCCAUUCUGGUAGAGACCAGUUGUCCAAAUAUCCGGAUGGAUCCCAAGCUUUGUCCAGCUGAUCCAAAUUGGAUUGCAUUUAUCCAUUGCAAUGAUAUCUGGAUAUCUAAUAUAGAAUCCAGGGAAGAAAGGAGGCUGACGUUUGUGCACAAUGAACUGGCCAAUGUUGAGGAGGAUCCAAAAUCUGCUGGCGUGGCUACUUUUGUGCUGCAGGAGGAGUUUGACAGAUACACUGGCUACUGGUGGUGCCCAAAGGCUCAGCCCACACUGGAUGGGGGUAAAGUUCUUCAAAUUCUUUAUGAAGAAAACGAUGAGUCAGAGGUAGAAAUUAUCCAUGUCACAUCACCCAUGCUGGAGACAAGAAGAACAGAUUCCUUCCGGUACCCCAAAACUGGUACAGCAAAUCCAAAGGUCACUUUCAAGAUCUCUGAAGUCACAAUCAAUGCAGAAGGCAGAAUUGCAGAUGUUGUGGAUAAAGAGCUAGUUCAGCCCUUCGAGAUCCUCUUUGAAGGAGUAGAGUACAUUGCUAGAGCUGGGUGGACGCCAGAAGGAAAAUACAUCUGGUCCAUCCUGCUGGAUCGCUCCCAAACUCGGCUUCAGAUAGUCCUGAUCCCUCCUGCAUUAUUCAUCCCCACAGAAGAUGAUGCAAUGGAAAGACAGAAACUUAUUGAUGCUGUACCAGAUUCUGUUACACCUUUCAUUAUUUAUGAAGAAACGACAGACAUCUGGAUAAAUAUCCACGAUAUCUUCCAUGUGUUCCCUCAAAGCCACGAAGAUGAGAUCGAGUUCAUCUUUGCCUCCGAGUGCAAGACGGGCUUCCGGCACCUGUACAAGGUGACGUCGGUUCUGAAGGAGAGCAAGUACAAACGGUCCUGUGGGAGCCUCCCUGCUCCGAGUGACUUCAAGUGCCUCAUCAAAGAGGAGAUAGCAAUUACCAGUGGGGAAUGGGAGGUGCUUGGCAGACAUGGAUCCAACAUCUAUGUGGAUGAAGCCAAAAAGCUGGUGUACUUUCAAGGCACAAAAGAUUCACCUUUGGAGCAUCACCUGUACGUUGUUAACUACGAGAACCCCGGGGAGGUGAAGCGCCUGACGGAGCGCGGGUACUCGCACGCCUGCUGUGUCAGCCAGGACUGUGACAUGUUCAUCAGCAAGUACAGUAAUCAGAAGAACCCCCACUGUGUGUCACUGUACCGGCUGACAGGAUCAGAAGAUGAUGCAGCUCAUAGGACUAAGGAAUUCUGGGCUACCAUUUUAGAUUCAGCAGGUCCUCUCCCCGAUUACAUUCCCCCUGAAGUGUUCUCCUUUGAGAGCUCCACGGGGUUCACACUGUAUGGAAUGAUGUACAAACCCCACAACCUGCAGCCUGGGAAGAAGUACCCCACAGUGCUCUUCAUCUAUGGAGGCCCUCAGGUACAGCUGGUGAACAACCGCUUUAAAGGAAUCAAGUACUUCCGACUGAACACCUUGGCCUCUUUAGGCUAUGUUGUUGUUGUCAUUGACAACAGGGGCUCCUGCCACCGAGGGCUGAAGUUUGAAGGAGCCUUUAAGUACAAAAUGGGACAGAUAGAAAUCGAUGACCAGGUGGAAGGGCUGCAGUAUUUGGCAUCACAGUACGACUUCAUCGACUUGGAGCGUGUGGGCAUCCACGGCUGGUCCUACGGAGGCUACCUCUCCCUAAUGGCUUUAACACAGAGGUCAGAUAUCUUCAGGGUGGCCAUAGCUGGAGCCCCCGUCACGCUGUGGAUUUUCUACGACACGGGCUACACGGAGCGCUACAUGGGCCACCCAGAGCACAACGAGCAGGGCUACUACCUGGGAUCCGUGGCCAUGCAGGCUGAGAAGUUUCCUUCUGAACCAAACCGCUUGCUGCUGCUACAUGGAUUCUUAGAUGAGAACGUUCACUUUGCACACACCAGUAUUUUGCUCAGCUUUUUGGUGAGAGCUGGGAAACCCUAUGACCUACAGAUCUACCCUCAGGAGAGACACAGCAUCAGGGUGCCUGAGUCGGGCGAGCACUACGAGCUGCACCUGCUCUAUUACCUGCAGGAGAACCUGGGCUCUCGCAUUGCUGCCAUGAAGGCCAUGUGACUGACCUCAGAGCUCUGCUCCACAGCUGCUCUCCGGACAGGGAGGUGUAGCAAGCUAGAGAGAGUAGAAUGGAACGUUGCUUUCUGGUGCCUGCCACACGUACACACCCUCACAGACACUUUUUUAAAAGUCAAUUUGGUGCCAUACGGGAAAUUAAAGUACGCUGAUCUAAUAACUUUAGUUAUUAAACUUUAGGUUUAAGCUGUAAAUAAAAUCCAAUGUCUGUGGUAUAAUACAGUACCAUGGGUGUUCUCUUGGGGGACGAGCUGAAACUGAAAAUAACGUACUUCUAUAGCACCAGAUCUUCACUUUUUAGAAGAAUUAUGGCAUAAUUGAUGUAUUUUUACAGUGUGUUCCUUGGUAUCUUAUUACAUUAUACUGGAUGAUCUACUCACUACACAGCAAGAAUUUACCUGAAUGGUUACAACUUUUAUUAAUUUUAAAUGCUAUCAUAUAGCUUUUAUGCUUUGUGAAAAGGGAUGUGUCUCACUCCUUAGAAGGUGGUCACAAGUUGGACACAUCCCCUGUCUAGAUGUUAAGUGUUUUUUAAGAAGAAAGACUUUUAAGCUGCCUCUUAACAUAUUUAAAGUUUGGAUUUAGAUCAGUUGAUGCCAGGUUCUUUGAUUCCUUCUCCCGUAGGAUAAAUCAUUCUCUUUUCUUCCAGCAGCUUGAGAACCUAUCCUGAUUGUACUUGAUUUCAGUGGAGAAGUGAAUUGAUACUUUACUGUGAUAUGGGCAUAACAAUCUUUUAUUCUGAGGUGCAAACUAACUUAAGUUAAAAAUCAGAAACUGUAAACUUUCAAACAAGCUUCCAAGUGCAUCCUGUUGAGAUGUUUCCCUGAUGUUCACUCUGGAGCUGGGUUUGCAAUACUCCUUCCUCACCCUUACAUCAGCAUGAUAUGUAUGCAUCCUGUUACAAUGUAGAAAUUCAAUACUCUUAUUCCAGGGUCUGCAGAGUAUGUGUGGGGAGACCUUACAUGUGAGGCAAUAUGAGCUGUUCUGUUGACCUUCCUCAUGUACGAGGGGCUAUUUCCCAGGCUCAUGCCCUGUCCAGUCCCCUGUUCCUGGGUCCUUUCUAGCACUACUGUGCAUGAUGAUGAUGAUGCUGUCUUUGAGAACCCCUUUCUGUACAGCUUCAGGUAACCCUCAAGGAAUUGCAGUCCCAGUUGUGUUUUUGCUACUGAGGUUUUAACUAAGCAGCAGGCUUGGCUGAAAAGCAUAAGAGUGUGAAGGCACUUUUAACUGGCAACAGGUAAUUUAGGCUAGAAAUCCAUAGGAAAUUUUUUUCUUUAAUCCAGAAAAUUCUCCCUUUGGGACUUGCCUCUGAGACUCUGAUAAGUUUUAAUGGUUUUCUUAGAAACCCAAGAACUUCCUUUUCUUUCUGUUUUGGUCCUAGAGAGAAGCAGAGCAUGAUUUUCUUUUCAUCUGCUGAAAAUCUGGAAUCAGUCUUUACGCUCUUAGAACUCCACAUGUUGUAACCUUGUACUUUCCUGGAUUUUGUACUUGAUCCCAGAACUCUGGGAUUUAGCAGAGUCUGGCUGUAUCGGAUCAAACUGCAUGGUUUUCAGUUAAACCAGGAGAGCUGGGGCAGUUGCACGGCUGUAAAAACCGUGUGUGGGAACAGGAUCUGGUUUUUGGGAUGCACAAAGGAGCCAAAGACAACAGGCUGCAGGGAGCUUCCUUUGCAGUGGGGAGCCUUGGUUCGGGCUGCUUGCUGGUUUUCAGAUUUAAACCACCAUUAGCAGGUCAAUAACGGGUUGAUUUUGGGAAGGAGGCAGAGAAGGAGCCCAGCUCCAGGAAUGUCUUCUCUUGAUGUCUUCUCUUAGUGGUUCAUUGUGGCUGAAGCAAGGGCAGCGUCCCUGAGGAGUGUUACAGUCAGCACCGAGAGAGGAGCACAGGUGCAACACAACAGUGGGUAAAGACAAAAAUAAGCUGUUCCUCUGGAAUUCCAUUGUGUUCCCAACGUGUGUAUGCUGUAUUAUAAUAUACAUAUAUCUAUAUCUGUUCAUAUAUACAUAUAUGUAUAAAAUUACCCAUGGAUAGUAUUCACCUUUCCCAAGGUUGUUUAUAUUUUGUUCAAUAUUAAAUUAACUUGCUUUUUUGGAAUCCUUUUGUUCUUUUUUUAGAGGUGAUUACCCUUGAAUGUAAAUGUAUAUUAUUUUUAAGAUGAAAUUGAUCCUUUUGUUUAAAAAACAGAACAAAAAUGGCCUUCAUCAAACAGUGCUUUUUUGGGGGACUGAAGAACUAAACAUUGUGUGAGUAAACUGGGCUGGAUUUGGAUUUGAGGCAGGAUGUGAUUAUAAGUGCUGACAUAGAAUUUUUAAUAAUGCAUCCUUCCACUGUUAAAAUAUAUACAUCAAAAAGCUAUUAAAAUACAGUAUACUGUAACUGCUCUGUUUUGCAACAUAAA